UUUUAGGACCGGAACGAUCCGUUUUAUAAUGAAGGAAUGUUUUGCGAAGUUUGGUGUAACGCACGGAUGUACGUAGUAACACACGAUGGCGCUGUUAGCCUGUACGGCUAAAUGUAAGCUAAAGCGAAAAAAUACGUACGUUCGACACGAAGUUUUCCCACAGAGAACCGGAGCGUGGUUUUUGUUAAUUUGGUGACCAUUUGGACACCGUCAUGGCAUGUUUAUAGGUUCUUGGCUGGAACGGAAUUUGUGAGAGUAACAGGAGAAUGUCUGGAUUCCCCUGUUCAGACCCUGAUUCUGCAGGUGGCACAGUACAGUUUAAGAAAAGGAAGUCACGUUUCACAUUACCCGAGGUCCAGCUUCUACUCAGUGAGGUGAAGAGAAAUCGCCACAUACUGGUUGGUAAAUUAAACCAUGGCAUCUCAAGUGAUGUGAAGAAGCGAACGUGGGCCUCUCUCACUGCUCGCAUCAAUGAGAUCAGUGACUGUCACAGAGAAAUCAUCGAGGUUGUCAAGAAAUGGGCUGACCUUAAAUGUGACACCAAGCGCAAGGUGGCAGCUAUGAGGGCUUCCGGCUUGUCGUCUGCACGCAUUGCCGCUAACCUUUCUCCGGUCGAGCGCAUGGUCCAACAGAUCCUGAUACCUGGACCUGGGGAGAAGUUGCCUUGCAUUUCAGUCGCCACAGACAAGGAGGAUAAAGAAGAGGACACCCAGGGUAUCCUUGGGAUUGCACCACAUUCCUCCGGCAUAGCAAAUGGCAAACUACCCAUUCAAACACUGGCCGUGCCACUUCACACCGAUUUGAGUAGUAAAGAAGAACUGGAUACACCAAUAGACUAUAAUUCUGCAGUGCCCCUUACUGACCUCCAGUUUGAUCAAUCAGACAAAGAAGACCGGGACAUGCAGUUCAGCGAGGUGGGACAUCAGCCUUCUCGAAACACCACUACUAUUCCUGACUCACCCAGUGCUGACAGGGAGCAAAUCCGAAAAGAAACCAAACCCUCAUGCAAUAGCAAAACUAGUGGGGGAAAAUCUUCCAACGCAGCCAUCUUUCAUCCACCCUCAUCAGCCCCCAGCAGUCUGUCGUCACACCUGGCCAAGAGCGCUUCCCUCAGCUUACAGGAGCAGCAGGCCACCACUCUGCUCAUAGGGACUCUGUCGCGUUCACUCGAAACGGUGGCCGAGUCGGUGCAGAGCCUGGUGCAGACCCAGCAAGAGUUUGUGCGGGACACCCUGCGUCUGCAGAGAGACACACUGCAUGUUCUGCGUGACUUUUCCUCCAGCGCACUGGCACUUCUGCAAGACAAAAGCAACGGGCACCCAUAGCACCCGAGUUUAUACUCGUAGUCCAGACAUUGCAGCUUUAAGCUGCGAGUGCUGUGGGAAAGAGGAGGGAUUUCGUUUAGGGAAUGACGGUUACAAUCGCAAGAAAAUAAUUAAUAAACUAUUUGGGUUUUUGUGCUGAUUGCUUGGAA